AUGAACUUGCUGUGCUUUAUUGGCAGAGCCAGGACUGCAUUAUGGCCAGCGCUCUCAGCUCAGCGUUACUGGCGUCUGCGCCUCCUGCCACGGGAGAGACGCCGGCGAUAUCGGCGGGAUCCAGCCCGACGUCUCUUCCGCAUGCCACGGCGACGGGAGCGGCGGCGGCUCCGACUGCGGCUCCUAAAAUACAUAGCUAUAUUCUCCUAUGGGCAACACCAGAGCUAUAAGGAUGACUUCAAUGCAGAGUAUGGGAAACACCAGAAGUUGCUGGCUCAGAUGGACAAUAUGGCCAAGAAAUUCAGGACUUUGGAUGAACAACAGAAGUUUGUGACUCUGGGAUCUUCAGCAUAUCAGAGCCAGGCCCGCGUCAGGGCCGCGCUCUGGGCGCUCUGGCUCUGUAAGGCCCAGGCCCUGAGCUCGGCUCAGCGGCGUCUGCGCCUCCUGCCGCCCCGGCGGCGACGGCGGGUCCGGCGUCUCCUCCGCACGCCUCGGCGACGGGAGCGGCGCCGGCUGCGACUGCGGCUGCGGCUGCGACCCCUGCGCGACCUCCGCCGUGCCUACGGCCACGGCCGCGGCCGCCGCCGCUUACUGCCGCCGCUUACUACCGCUGCCAGCAGCAGCAGCCGCUGCCGGGGGGGGCUGGCCGCCGUCCGUCUCGCCUUCCAGUUUCCAGCUCUGCCGUCGCCGCCAACCCGCGCAUGGUCGGGGUGCGAGCGAACGCCAGCGAGCUGCCGCGCUGCCUCAGCAAGUUCCUGUGUCGCCGCCUGCUACCGCUGCCAAUGGCGGCCGCUGCCCAGCGGGGGCUGCUCGCCGCCUGCCUCGUCGACCUACAGUUUCCAGCCUCUCCGCCGCGGCGGAACCCGAGCCGGCCCGCGACCCCCCGCCUCUCUGAGUCGCCCGUCCCCGACAAGCGCCCAGCCCGUCGAACUCGUUCUCCGAUCGGAAGAGCUGCCUGACCGCCUCCCUCAGCGAUUCCGAGCCGCCCAGCCUGGAGGACUCAGACUGCCGCCAGCCGCCUCUCCAUCUCCGACAAUUGAGGGGGGAUGGGGAACCAGCCGGGGGGGUGGUCCCACGUCGACCCUGCACGAGCAGUUGGGAGCAAGAGCAGCAGAAGUGCAGUGGGAGCCCGAGUUGGCGGAGCUGUGGGACAGAGCGCAAUCCACCAUGUACUGGUGGAACAGGGCCCCAAACACCACCAGGAUGCACAUUGAGCUGAACAAGAGCUCCCAGGACUGCCAGCCAAAUGAAGUGCAUGCAUUUAACUUCCCUUUGUCAAAUGCUGGCAAAGAUAAUCCUCAGGAAAGCUUUGACUGUGUCCAGCAAACAGGCUCAACUUACGGAGCGUUGCAAUUCAAACUCCCAACUCAGGCAGAAAAGGCAUCACGAAAUCAAGGUGCAGAGGUUACUGAUGGACCUGAUGGGCCAUUUUCAGGUUUGCAGUUGAACACCAGAAAGGCAGAGUCCAGGGAGCAGCCAGCGUGGAAAGAAAGAAAAACAGAGAUCAGAAGAGUCCCACAAAGAACUCCAGAUGCUGUGCCUGAGAGGAAAAGAACAACACCCAUGAACCCUGCAAACAUCUUCCAGAGAAUUUACAGUGGAGUUUCUGACCGACCAUUCAAGGACAGGGUAAUCCACUUGUUGGCUCUGAAGAAUUACAAGAAGCCAGAGUUACUUAAUCACUUGCAGAGAGAUGGAGUCAUGCAAAAGGACAGGGAUUCCCUUGAAAUGAUCCUUCAGCAGGUAGCCAACCUGAAUGCAAAGGAUAAUUCCUUCAGUCUAAAGGAACAUUUAUUUAAAGACAUUCAGAAAGAUUGGCCUGGCUACACUGAAGUAGACAGACAGGUUUUGGAGAUAAGACUUUCUAGAAAAUCAGCUUCCUCUCAAAAUGCCACCAGCACCAGCCAUUUGACACCUCGGGGACCUUCUGAUACAGAUGCUCCAUCAAGAACUUCUGAGAAACGGCCUCUGGAUUCCAAUUUCACCUUCCCUGUGGUGAGCAAAAAGCAGAGGAUUGGUCGCCUGGCCAGUCGAGUCCAGCCAGCAGCCGGUGGCCUCAGUCCUGCUUCCUCAACACUGCCUCCCACAGUCCUUCCAACUUCUAACACAUCUGAAACUGUCAGCUCCAUUUUCCUCUGCACUUCUGAGGUGCAACAAAAGGAUAUGCCUCAGACUCCUUUUGAAACUCCAGUGCAUGGGGUUAAAGAAACUUUCACUGCCUCUGCAGACCCUGUGUCAUCAAGGGAACAACCAGACUACUUCUUAAAAUACACAGCUAUAGUGUCCUGUGAACAACGCCAGAGCUACAAGGAUGACUUCAAUGCAGAGUAUGGCGAAUACCAGAAUUUGUUGGCUCAGACAGACAACAUUGCCAAGAAAUUCGGGAAGUUUAAUGAACAACAGAAGUUUGUGACUCAGGGGUCCACAGAACAUCAGAUGCUUUGUUGUCAAGUCCUGACAGAGCAUCAGAAGAUACAACAGUUUAGCCCCACCUACUCUGAAUUGAAGAAGAAAUGUCAGUACCUACACAACAAGCUGUCUCACAUUAAGAGACUAAUCCAAGAAUUUGACAAACAGCAAGAGGAGUCCUGUAACCAGUCGUCUGCUUUGGCCAGGACACAUCUAUGAGCUGUGGCAUAUUUAUUUAGUUCCCCUAGGAUUCUUUAUCUUAAUAUUGAACAUUAGCUUGUUUGUUUAAAACUGAAGAUUAGCUUCUAUAGGAUUAUAUAAGUUAGUAUUGAGCAGUAGGUUGUUUAUUUAAAAAACAAUAUCCAGUUCCUUUAAUAGUAUGUAAGAUAGUAUUUCAUGUUUUCAUUAAAGAAGUUUCAGUAUUGUUAACUCCUUGUGGUGGUGGUGUUGCUUAUAUGAUAUUCAAAGCUGCUUUUUUCUGGUCCCUCUUUUUCUUCAAGGCUCAGGCUGUCCAUUGAAAGAAUUUUACCAG